AUUGCUUUGGACAGCGUCGCCGAACUUUUAGAAAACAUGUACUGGGAAAAACAAACACAAAAGGACAUUCAGUAGAGGUGUCAUAUAUCUCAUGAGUACGUGAAUAUUCUGGGAUGAUGAAGAGGGCAGCGGGUGAGCCAAAACCACCUUUGGCUCCAAAACCAAAAGUUCUUCCAACACCAGCGCAAACAGAACUUCCACUUGCUUCAAAGUUAUGUGUUCAUCAGUGUGCCCCACCAACUGUUAAAAGUAACAUCAAGCCUGCUUUGCCACCAAAACCAUGCCUCUCCAAAAUUCCUCCUCCCUCUUUCAGGACAAAACCUCCCGGAUCCAAGGUUGAGCACCAAGCACAUUUUCAACACAAAUCGGACAUCACAAGAAAUGUUAGCUUUCUGAAUGUCAGAAAUGGAACACACACAGGGAACAACAAACCAGAGUGGGAUUACGUAAUUCCAAUUUGUGUUUGUAAUGACAGAAACUGUGCAGAUUGCUCUCCAGAGAAAAACAACCAAAAAGUUCUUCAACAAAAAAAAAGUACAGAUGCGUGGAAGGAAAGCAAAACAGAAGGUUCUAAAAUGAGUCCACCCAAACCUCAUUUGAGAACAUCAGAGGAUCAGAAAUUUGUGGUGAAUAAACCCGCAUUGUCAAGGAGCAUCUCUGGAAAGGACUCGUCCAAUAAUAAUCUGAUUGAAAAACCUCAGAUUUGGAAUACAGAGCAUUUGAAGGCAAAUCAGAGCAUCAUACUGUAUGGAAAAUUCAGAUUUAAAACCCAAAAUACCAGGAUGCACCAGAAGAACAUUGUUUCUAGUAUUAAUUCAUUAAUUGAUAGUAGGCCAUCACCUGAACCCAUUGAAAGUAUGCAAAUCUCAAGUAAAAGUGCACAAUGUAGUCUGUCCCCUGAUAAAGUACAUGCUGUUUCUAAGCCUCCUGAGAAAGUUCCACCUGUUGUCAUGCAGCAAAAAGCUAACAUUAACCUUCAGGAGUCAUCAGGACUUACCAAGAGAGAUCUUACUGUCUUACCUGUUGAUAUAAACAGUCCAGAUCUGUUGCAGAAAGAAGGUCCUCACAAGGAGAAUAUCACCACUGUGAGACCUUCUAGUGAGAUCAAAGGUAACCAAAGGGGUGGUAACAGUACCCAAUACAACAGCAAGGGCACCCCCGUUCCUGCCCCACGCCAGAAGAUCCAUCGAUUGCAACAUAAUAAAACCCAGCAUGUGUGCCAACAUGCACCAGGGACUGAAAAUAAAAAGCAAAAUCUGGAUGGAUGCCCCAAUGCCUUUGAGAACUCCUUAACAAGCAAUCAACAUCCUACAACAAAGAGGACAAGCCAGAAACGUCGACCUGAUAACUUUAGGAAGGAUAGCAUUGGGACUACAGAACAUACAGUAGAUGGACUCCUUAUAAAAACAAGGACAUUCAGAGUGCAAUUUUCCGAAAUGAAGAAUGAAGAUCACAAAACUGUGAUCAAUCUGAGCCAACCAAGUAAGAAGCUUGAAGAAGAAGCCCAAAAGCUUGGCUUGAAACUCAAGCCUAAAUCCAAGUCCUUAUCCUCAGCAGACAUGCAUAGACCUGAUGGCCUAAAGAAGACCUCCUUUCUAAGGAUCAUGGACCUUGACAUCAGUGUCAAAAAAGUGCCUCAAAAGCUGUUUGUCAAGAGUGGGCAGGCACUUGAUUGCGCUGCGGUUACAAAUGAACAAACAGUCGACACGGAAUGCUAUUCAGAUAGAAACCAAAACGAAGUGUGCUCUGAAAGACAGAUAUCACUGCACAAUAGUUACCCAGAUGGAUUGAAUGUGAAGCCAGUAGUAAAUGGGAUUAAAACUGAAAUUGAGCAAAAUGUAGAUGACCUUGAGGUAGAUCUACAGAAUUCUGGUCAAUAUGAACAUAUAUAUGAAGAUAUCCUAGAAUAUGAAAACCUGCCUCAAUGUAGCAUUCCAAAUGCACAAGACACCAAUAAUUGCCAAAGCCAAUCUUGUAUGUAUGAGGGCGAUGGUAUUUAUGAAAUUCCAGAUGUGUUCCCUGAAAACUCUACAGACACCAAUGAGCAGCAAGAUUUUCUUAAAAGAAAUGUGUUUGAAGAAAUGCACGUGGAUGACACACAUUCAGAAGGAGAUGAUAGCAGCUUGGAGGAAGAGGAGGAUAAUACUGUCAGCAAUGAGAGACAGAUGAAGGCUAAAAAGACCAAGGUUGCCCACAUUGUAAAAGAGAUCAUGACUUCAGAGAAAAUAUUUGUAAAAGUACUGAAGCUGCUCCACAUAGACUUUCGUGAAGCCGUACUGAAAGCCUCCUGUCUGGCAGGAAAAGCUGUGAUUGACGAGCGAGUUUUGAACCAGAUCUUGUGUUCUUUGCCUCAGCUGUACGAGCUCAAUUACGACCUGUUGAAAGAGCUGGAAGAACGGGUCGCUUGCUGGAAUGAGAACUGUGGUGUAGCAGACAUAUUUGUGAAGAAAGGGCCUUAUCUUAAAAUGUACUCCACUUACAUCCGUGAGUUUGAAAAGAAUGUUGCUCUUCUUGAAGAGCAUUGCCGGAAGAACCCAGCGUUUGCCAAAGUUGUCCGUGAAUUUGAGAGUAAUCCGUGUUGUGCUAAUCUGGCAGUGACACAUUACAUGCUUAAACCUAUCCAAAGAAUUCCACAAUAUCAACUCCUCCUAACUGCUUAUUUGAACCAUCUUGAUGAAGAUUCUCCAGACUACAGAGAUGCAGAAGCUGCUUUAGCGAUCGUGAAGGAGGUGGCCAAUCACGCGAAUGAAAUCGUAAAACAAGAGGAUAAUUCCCAGAAACUUUAUGAUGUACAGUGCCGCCUAAUGGGUCAUCAUGUGAUUGUCCAACCAGGAAGGGUUUUGUUAAAGGAAGGAAUCUUGAUGAAGCUUUCCAGGAAAGUGCUGCAGCCACGAAUGUUCUUUUUAUUUAACGAUAGUCUUCUGUACGGUACGCCAGUAUCAUCGGGUAAUUUCAGACCAAACAAUAUGCUCUCAUUGGCUGAGAUGAAGGUCAGUAAACCUAGUCAAGAGGGCUAUCAGAACGAGCUUAACAUUGAGAGUGUUGAACGGUCGUUCAUCUUGUCUGCCAGCUCAUCAACAUAUCGAGAUGAGUGGCUUCAGGCUAUUUCCACUGCAAUUGAAGAUUAUACCAAGAAAGAGACCACCUUCACCUCAAUUAAAAACCCAGAGAUGGCAACCAAAGAUGUUCCAAAUAGUGGGGCCCAACUGGGAACCACAGCUCCAAUAUGGAUCCCAGACCCGAGGGCCACUAUGUGUAUGAUCUGCACCUGUGAGUUCACCCUCACCUGGAGACGACACCAUUGCAGAGCCUGUGGGAAGGUCGUGUGUCAGGCCUGCUCAACCAACAAACAUCCGUUGAAAUACCUGAAGAAUCAGCUUGCACGAGUGUGUGAUCUGUGCUUGCCUAUUUUGCAGCAGAACAGUUCAGUUUUACCACACAAACGUGAUCAGUCACCCAGCAGUACACUUCUAUCACCUACUGGCAAAUCCCCUGCAUUUCCCUUCAGAAAGCAGAAGAGAAUACCAGCUGCCCUGAAAGAGGUUUCAGCUAACACAGAUGGGUCAUCGAUGAGUGGCUACUUGGAGAGGACAAAAGGCAACAGGAAACAGUGGAAACGGUUCUGGUUUGUCAUCAUGAACAAAGUUCUGUACACUUAUGGUGCCAGCGAGGAUGUAGCAGCUUUGGAAAGUCAACCCCUUCUUGGAUUCUCUGUGAAAACAGAGAUGCCAGAAUCCUCACUGCAUUUUAAACUGUACCACAAAAACACUCUUUACUACAUUUUUAAGGCAAAUGAUCCCCAGAUCUGUGAAAGAUGGAUUGAAGCUUUCGAGGAGGCCACAGUUCUCUAACACUGACUUUCAGAACAUGUGAUAUUUCCAUAACCAUUAGACCAGACAUCCAUGCAAAAGACACAUGCACACAUUCACAAUACCUCCUUUAUUAUAACUCUAACUCUAGAGACUAAAUAGUUUUUGUUUGUGGCUUACUGCAUUUGCAUGCUAUAUUGCAAUGAUUGUUACAAUAAAGUUAAAUGGGGUUAAAAUAUUUUCAUGUGUUAGGGUUAGAUUACUCAGAAAUAAAAAUUAUGUCAUCAUUCACUCACCCUCAUGUUGCAAAUAAAGGAGAAGUUUGGUAGAAUGUUAGCCUCAGUCACGUUGAAAUUCAUUGCUUCUUUUUUCCAUACAUUGAAAAUGAAUGGUGACUGAAGCUAAAGGUUUGCCUUGCAUCUUUUAUUUUCCUCCAAAGAAAGUCAUAAGGUGCAUCCCAAACCACACAUUGCUGCACUAUUUUACAUCAUUUUGUUGUGUAAGUAGUGCGAGUAGUAUGUUUACAUUGAAAAUGCAACAAAAAGAAGUGUACUACGUGUACCUGGAUGAUGCACUUUUUCAACCGUCAAAAUGGAGUGUGGAAUGUUGGAUACUUCAUGCAAUCAGCGCACGCGGAUUGCUGUACAUAACGGCCGUUUUGGUGAUCUGGCAAAACAAUUGUAAAUAAUGGAGAAUAUGACAACUAGUGAAACUUCUGUGAAGACAGCACCUUACAAAAGUAAUUUAAAUGCUUUACCAUCAUACCAUGCUGUGUGAACAUGUAUAUUAUUGAGAUAUACUGUAAGUGUUGAACUGAGGGUGGAUAGCCUGCUAAAGCUAGCGGCAACGCAAUGCUUGGGUUUGAAACAUCACUUCCAUCAGCUGUUAAACUGUGAAUGUUUCCGUCUAGCAAAAAAAAUUUAAGUGUUCCAUUUGGGACGAUACUACAGAUUAAAAAUUAGUUCACUACAUGGCUGAGUGCAUAGUAUAUUUUAAAAGUGCAUAGUGAAUAUUGUGUCAUUUGGGACAAAGCUAUACAGGUUUAGAAUGAUAUGAGGAUGAGUAAAUGAUGACAGAAUUUAAAUUGUUGUUAAAUGUUUGAUGUGAAUGUUAGUACUUUUCCAUAAUCUAUUUUUUUCCAUAAUGUGUAUGCAUAAUAUAGUAAAAGUCUUUUUUUUUUUUUUUUACUGUUAUAUUUAUUCUAUAUGGACUCAGAUUUUAGUGUUUAAAAAUCAAAUUAUGAAUUCAUUGUUACCACUUUAUUGCACUCAAUAAAUGUAUUUUUAUACAACUAUU